AUGGCAAAAAAGGAAGAAACUAAAUUUCGCCAAGGACUUAUUACAGAUACAUCGCUUAUCCGAGAGCAGAUGAAGGCUAUGAAUCUGACAAGAGACGUCGAUGUCCAGCAAAUUCAUCUGGGUAAUAGGCAACUAGAAGAAGUGAGCGACCUACGGAGAUACAAAUACUUGUCUAUCCUGUAUCUCAAUGAUAAUAAGAUUCGAGAAGUAGCAUUUUUAUCCCGCAAUUAUAAUUUAACAGAAUUACACCUAAAUAACAACAAUCUGAAAAGCUUAGCUGGCGGACUCAAACAGUUACACAGUCUGAAGGUCUUAGCGCUACAUUGCAAUCAAUUAACAGAACUAGCUGAUAUUGGAAGUGAAUGCAAAUAUAUGAAUUGUUUAAAUUAUUUAAAUCUAUAUGGUAAUCCACUCGCCCAUCAUCCGUAUUAUCGCUAUUUUGUUAUUUUUACAAUUCCCUCGUUGAAACAUUUUGAUCGAAUCGAAGUAUCUGAGGACGAAAGGAAAACUGUAAAUGAAAUUUAUGAUGAUAAAGCUGAAACAAUUCGCAAAAGUAUUGCAUUUGGAAAGCGUACGGAAAAGCAGGAAACGCAAAUGCCUAAUGAAGAUUAUUUAAAUGACCGGAAUCAGAGAUAUCCAGUCUAUACUAAUUCUCUCACAUCAGAUCGGUCAACUAGAAGAGAAAUUACUCUAAGUGAAACAAAUACCCUUGAAAUUUUAGAAAGGACGAGAGAAAUGCAAAAGCUGAACGAAGAAGCUGCUGUGACCAAACGCUCUAUGAAAAGAUCAGUUAUGCAGUUUUCAAUGUUUGAUUGGUCAGGAAUCAAAAAACAUGAAGAGAUCCGUCUCGGUGAUGAUGAAGGAAGUAUCCCAACAAUUACGACUGUAAAAAUCAAGUAA